AACCUCCUAUUCAACAUUCAAAUAUCUGUCUCGCAGCUCUCGUUCCAGUAAUACGGAGAUGUGGUGAACAGAAUAGUCUUUACUUCGUUUCCUCUUGCCACCAUGAACGCUAGAGCUCUUCUCUACUCCUUUUCUCCCCAUUUUCGGCCUCUGCCCGAUAUUUCGCUCUCCAAGAAAAGUUUCGGCCUUUCGCGCAGAGAACCGUUUAAUUUUCGGGUUCGGUUUCAAUCUGAUGAACGGUGCGCUGUUUUCCGCAUUUAUGUACGGAAUUCUAACCGGAGCGAGUUCGGGAAAGUAUAUGCAGAAGUUAAGUCAGAGCCUUGCGAUGUAUCGGAGUCGGUGCCGGAAUCGGUGAAGUUCAAGGAUAGUUUGAGUAGUGGUGAUUUGGAGUUGGAAAGUUCCGUACCAUGGUGGGAAGAGUUCCCGAAACGAUGGGUUAUAGUGAUUUUGUGUUUCUCGGCUUUUCUUCUCUGCAAUAUGGAUAGAGUAAAUAUGAGCAUUGCAAUACUCCCCAUGUCCGCAGAAUACAAUUGGAAUCCAGCCACAGUCGGUUUGAUUCAAUCUUCAUUUUUCUGGGGAUACCUACUUACCCAGAUUGCUGGGGGAAUAUGGGCAGACACAGUGGGUGGGAAGUUGGUUUUGGGAUUUGGCGUAGUUUGGUGGUCCAUUGCUACAGCUCUGACUCCUGUUGCUGCUAAACUUGGGUUGCCUUUUCUCCUUGUCGUCCGCGCUUUCAUGGGGAUUGGUGAGGGUGUUGCUAUGCCUGCCAUGAAUAAUAUUCUGUCCAAAUGGGUUCCCGUAUCUGAGAGAAGUAGAUCUUUAGCACUCGUCUACAGCGGCAUGUACCUCGGAUCAGUUACUGGCCUGGCUUUCUCACCAUUCUUGAUUCAUCAAUUUGGAUGGCCCUCAGUCUUUUACUCCUUUGGAUCUCUAGGGACAGUUUGGUUUACUGUAUGGCUAAAUAAGGCAUACAGUUCACCUCUUGAUGAUCCUAAGCUCCAGCCAAAAGAAAAGCAGCUUAUUGUUGCAAACAGUGUUUCUAAAGAACCUGUUAAAUCAAUACCCUGGGGAUUAAUCUUGUCAAAACCACCUGUAUGGGCCCUAAUAGUGUCUCACUUCUGUCACAAUUGGGGUACAUUUAUUCUUCUAACAUGGAUGCCAACAUAUUACAACCAAGUCCUGAAGUUCAAUCUUACAGAAUCUGGGCUUUUCUGUGUUUUGCCUUGGCUUACAAUGGCAUUUUCAGCAAAUCUUGGAGGGUGGAUUGCUGAUACACUGGUGAGCAAAGGUUUUUCUGUAACAACAGUUCGGAAGAUCAUGCAAACAAUUGGAUUUCUUGGCCCGGCCUUUUUCUUAACUCAAUUGAGCCAUAUUGAUUCUCCUGCUAUGGCUGUACUCUGCAUGGCGUGCAGUCAGGGAACUGAUGCAUUCUCCCAGUCUGGUUUAUAUUCAAAUCAUCAAGAUAUUGCUCCUAGAUAUUCUGGAGUUCUGCUAGGUCUAUCCAAUACUGCUGGUGUGCUAGCAGGCGUCUUUGGAACAGCAGCUACAGGUUACAUCUUGCAACAUGGUUCUUGGGAUGAUGUUUUCAAGGUUUCAGUUAGUCUCUAUUUGGUUGGAACUGUUGUUUGGAACCUUUUCUCGACUGGUGAGAAAAUAGUGGACUAAAAUGAAAAUUAAAAUGAGUCGGGCCCAGUCUUCCCCUUCACGAGUCAGAACACGAGUUUCACACGAUUGAUUGGAGAGAAAAUUAAAAAGACAAGAAAUGAACAAAGAUAUACUUGAGGGAUAACCGUUCCAUAAUGCUUUAGGACUCAGGCAAAUUUUCUGAAUGCCAUUGAAGAGCUCAAAUUUGGAAAUUCUGCAACCGCCAGCGGCUGUUGUGCAUAAAUGAAACAGUAGAACAGGGAUUCAUUUGUAAAGUGUCUCCACACAGCUUGUAAAUGUUAUAAUCAAUUCUAACAAAGCAAUCUUAUGAUGUUUUAUGUUACUUGAUCCUUGUUGUAACUCAAUUAUUUCAAGGCCUAAUACAUAAAUUUAACCUUAAAUUUUA